AUGUCCGGCCAGCUCGGCCUGGCUUUCGAGCAGCAAGAAGAGCUGCAAGAUAUCCUGGAGGCCAUGCAAGAGGCUCGGCUGCUUGGCGGCAGUGAUUGGUGGCACGAUUUCCCCGAGCUGGAAUUAAUCGUUCAGCAGCCCAUCACGCCGCAUAUGACCCCCUCGCCCCGUCUCAACGUUCUCGACGAAAUACCGAGGCAUGACUCGACGUAUCGCCAUCUGAGCGCGUCUAUGGUCCCUCAUACCUUGUUUCCCGAAAUGUACCUCUUGGAGUAUCAAACCUUUUCCGGUGCCAUGGCGUUCCAGCCAUGUUCCAGGAACAUCGACCUCGUGCGCUUUUUCGAAGCUCUGGAACCCAUUGAGAAGGGCGGCGACAGCUUGUUUAAAGUGGCCCGCACCUGGUCCUGCAUCAUCCAGUCUCUUGAAGGGCUCCCGAAAGACGUACGCUGGGUUUUGGCCACAAUCUACAACUUUGCCAACGAGAUGAUGCGGCCCCAUGUGACCGAGGACGCAUUGUGGUCAAUGAGGCCGUGGCUCAUGUACUGGUACGAUGUGGCCGACAGACUCUUCGCCAAGUAUGACAUCCCGGCCACGGCACCGGAUCCCGACUGGUUUCUGCGGCCAGAGGUUGUGACGACACAGGACGCAAUGGGCCUGCAGUCCGGCUCGGACAUGACGUGCCACCGCACCGAUUCCCUCAGCUCAGAUAGCAAUCAAACGGUCCGUCAUCACGUUCCUCGUCAUCGAGCGAAUGUGCAGAAAUACGCAAACCAGGCACAGGCUUGCGAAAUUUCCUCGGCAGUCACUGCCUGGGUAGCUUCUCAGCCGGACUGGGCUGCAGUAUAUCACGGGGAAUUCGACCCAGCCCCAGGUGGGCGGGCCCGGACCCGUACCGCGUUCGAUCCUAGCCCUCCACCUAAUUCAUAUUCGGAUGAGUUGUCGCAAGGCUUGAGUGGCAGAUUCAGGCUCAACCCAGAGGCGGCCGAGUUUGAUCCGCAAACAGACCUAACGACGUCACCUGCCUCGGUUUCGUCCCGGGCGCCAUCACAAGGAUCGAUAGUGUGGGACCGUGGUAUUCCCCGCGGAUUCAGCGACGUUGCCUCAAAUGACUCGUGGGUAUAUGGAGACUUUUAA